GUUAAGAUCUAUCGGGAUUCGAUUCCACUGAUGGAGAUUCAUGGCAUGUGGAAAUCGGUAUUGGACUUUUGGAAUGUGGUACGCUUAUUUACGUUUUCGUUGAAGGAGCAGCUCCGUAAUUACCUGCGUAAAGCCCUCCGGCGUUCGUGAACUACGCGCCUCGAAUCCGAUCAUUAUUCACGCUCAAGGGAACAAUAAGUGGUAUAAAAGUUAUUUUUAUAAAUAAUAUUACCAUGUUUGACGGUGACCUGGGGGAGAGUGUGAAGACCACUCCUCGUGAGACGGAGGAGUUUAGGCGGACGGCGGUGAGGAGAAAGUCGAAGGGAAUACCGCGGGAGACUGAAGUGUCUCCCUCCCUGUCUCCUAAACCUGCCCAUCUCCAGAGCCCUGGGGAGAGCCCUGCCAAGGGGCCAGAAGGAGCUCUACUCACAGGGAAGGGAUCAGGACCCCAAGCUAGGGGGCUAACGGUCCACAGCCCAGGAAAGUGUCAUGGGACCAGGCCAAGCCACAGCCAAGUGAAGGGGGUACCAAAAGGGACCCAGAGCCCAGGAAAGGGACUACGUGUCCACAGCCCAGGAAAGCGCUCCAAACUAGGAUCUCAGUCCAAAGGGAAGGGAGCAGGAUCCAGGCUGAARCAGCUGAGAAGCCCUGGGGCCAAGAUGAAGAGACAUGGACACAUGGCAGGAUCACCCUGCAGCCUGCCUGACCUCYUUCACCUUGAGGAAAACCAGUCUGUGCUCAGAUCAGCUAACAGCAGCCCAACACAUACCACCKCCUCUAUAAGCCUGGACCAGCCUAGAGACCCAGACAGUGGGUCUACCGACAGCUCCCACACAGGACUGGAUGCUCACAGCCACAGUKCAGACAGGGCAGUAGUAGUGGCUCAUAGGGAGGGCAGAGCGAGGGAAAUCUCUCCCAUAAAUAUGAAUGGUUUGGACCUGAUGAGGGACGCUGUACUGGUCGAUGGCCAUGUAGGAGACGGAGGGAAGGUGGAUACAGGGCUCAACGUGGACCUGUCCCCCUCUCACAGAACUGAGACUGGGACUGAGGAGGCCAAGCUUCAGGAGWGCUCUACAGAUGAGAAGAAGAUGGAGGGAGGGAGUGAGGAGGUGAGGGUGCAGGACUCCACUGAACAGAAGCUGUAUAAGAUUGCCAACGAGCUUCUGCUCACAGAGAGGGCCUACGUUGCUCGCCUUCACCUGCUAGACCAGGUGUUCUAUGCACGGCUGACUCAGGAGGCCGGUAAAGGCUUGUUCCCUGUAGAUGUGGUGAGGACCAUCUUCUCCAACAUCUCCUCCAUCCACACCUUCCACAGCCAGUUCCUACUGCCAGACCUGGAGACGCACAUGGGCCAAUGGUCUGUGAGCCCUCGUCUGGGUGAUGUCAUGCAGCAGCAUGCUCCCUUCCUCAGGAUGUAUGCUGAGUACGUGAUGAGCUUCGACCACGCCAUGGAGCUGCUUAGAGUCUGGACGGAGAGGUCCGCACCAUUCAGGAACGUCAUACAGGAUAUACAGAGUCAGGAGGUGUGUGGUAGUCUGACCCUGCAGCACCACAUGUUGGAGCCGGUCCAGAGACUACCWCGUUAUGAGAUGCUGCUGAGAGACUACCUCAAGAGACUGCCUGAUGAUGACUCGGACCACAGUCAUGCAGAGAAGUCUCUGCAGGUCAUCUCCAUGGCAGCAACGCACUCCAACAGCGCCAUCCGCCAAUCAGAGAAUCUGAAGAAGCUGCUGGAGAUCUACGAGAUGUUGGGGGGGGAGGAGGAGGACGUGAUGAARCCCUCCAAUGAGUUCAUCCGGGAGGGACGCAUCCUYAUGCUGGCUGCCAGGCACUCCGCCAUGGAGAGAUACCUCUUCCUGUUAAACAACAUGCUGCUGUGCUGCACUCCUCGGUUCAGCCUGGGGGGGCAGCGGUUCACCGUGAGGACACGGAUUGACGUGGAGGGCAUGACUGUGCAGCGCACCACCAAUGAACACCAUCCCCACACCUUCCAGGUAUCUGGCAAAGAGAGGACCCUGGAGAGGAUCCUGGACCUACAGGCCAGCUCUGAACAAGACGAAGAGGACUGGAUAAAGGCUUUUCAGGACACCAUUGAUGUUUUCCGGCAGAAGAAUGAGACUUUUAAGUCAGCUUCUAAAGAAGUAGAGGUAUCUACGGAGGAGCUGGGUCGGCGUGCCCCUCGAUGGAUCAGGGACAGUGAGGUGACCAUGUGUAUGAAGUGUAGCGAACCCUUCAACGCCCUCACCCGAUGGAGACACCACUGCAGAGCCUGUGGCUGUGUGGUGUGUUGGAGGUGUUCAGACAACAAAGUAACUCUGGAGUACGAUGGCAACAAGGCGAACAAGGUGUGUCUAGACUGCCACGCCGCCCUGAUCCUCCGGGCCAACAGAGAGGAGAGGGGAGAGGGCAAGGAGGGGGGACAUUCUAGAGGUUCCACACCCCACCUCCCCAUUUCCAUCGCUACCCUUUCCCCAGGAUCUGAAGGCCUUGUCUAGGGUCCCCUUGCGGGGGACAUGUGACGGCGGUUGUCAAUGAAAAUGGGAUGGUGGUUAAUGGGAUGACAACGCCAUGGUUGGCAKUGGCAAGGGGACUGUCAUCAAUGGCAACGGAAGUGUCACUGAUAAUGGUUACGGGUGUGUCGCCAAUAGAAACGGGGUGGCUGUCAAUGACAGUGAGGAGGCUCGCUUGAACAGCCUCAGUGUUCACACACUAUCCCCAAGUGUCUGUACUUGUGURCACUAUUAUGGCCUUAAUGAGAUAGUGAGCCCCAAAAGUAUUUGGACAGUGACAAUGUUAAAGUGCAGACGGGUGACAUGUUUAGAAAUUACAGCACUUUUUGUACAUAGUCCCCCCCAUUUUUGGGGACCAAAAGUUUUGGGACACUUUUUCACUUAUGGGUAUUAAAGUAGUACAAAGUAUGAUGACAUCAAGCUUGUGACUCUACAACCUUGUUGGAUGCAUUUGCUGUUUGUUUUGGUUGUUUCCGAUGAUUUUGUUCCCAAUAGAAAUGUAUGGUAAAUAAUGUAUUGUGUAGUUUUGGGGUCACUUGUAUUGUAAAUAAGCAUAUAAUAUGUUUCUAAACACUUCUACAUUAAUGCUAAUACAGAUAAGUGAAUUUGUCCCAAUACUUUUGGUCCCCUAAAAUGGGGAGGACUAUAUACAAAAGGGGAUGUUUUGUUGGAUGAAAAUACCCUCAUUAAAGCUGACAGUCUACACUUAAUCCCAUAGUCAUUGUAUCAUUUGAAAUCCAAAGUACAGAGCCAAAAUGACCAAAAAUGUCACUGUCCUAGUACUUUUGGAGCUCUGUAUACCGUAAUGAGAUGUAUUUUGUAUAAAAACUCAAGAGAUGCAAUGUAAGAGUAUUCUGGCUAUUCCCUAUCUGGAUCAGAAAAUCAAGUAACCUUGUAGUUUGUAUUUGAAAUGAUAUACCUUUUGAAAAAAUAAAGUUAAACUUGUUCAAAA